AUGGAUGGACUUUAUUUGCCUAAUGGGCGUCAACUUGCAUUAAUUGAUCGUGAUUGGAUUCUUGACGAAUUACCACAUUUAGGAAAUCCUGACGAUAAUUCAGACACUAAUUAUUUACUUGCAUCAGCAGCAGCUUCUAAUUGUAAUACUAGUAUAGCAUUAGGUGGUUCAACAGGUCGAACUACAUCAACUUUUGGAACAGGAAGUAGUUCAUCACACGAAGCAUCUCCUCAUACAGUCGGUGGAACUGGUAGAACUGUAGAUAGGACAGGAACUAUUAGUGGAAGUACAGGAGUUAGUUAUCAUCAUAAUUUAUCAUAUAAUCUAGACGAAUUUGAAAGUGAUUUAACAUUGCUUUCAGAAAUUGUUGACGAAACACACAAUAAGUGGUCUGAUUUUGGACUUAAUCAAUUACUUACAUCAUACGCACGUUCAAUUCGACCAGUAUUUAAAUAA